AUGGUUUCCGGCACUCACCUCACCCGCUACUGGGCGGCGACCAUCAUCGUGGUCUGCGUUCUAUACUGGUCACUACACAGGUCCAGCAUCAGUGUGCUGUCGUCACAUUUGCCGAAACCAAACAACAACAAACCGUCCCCAGCCAAUGUCGACAAAAGCCUACCACUAUCGAGGCCACGGGUGGAAAUGGACGAAGCGGAAGAGAGCCAGCAUUUGGCCGAAGCACUCGAGUCGACAUUUGUACCGAUCCAACAAUACCCGUCGCGAUUUCCACGGAUCGUAUGGCAGACGGCCAAUGAACACGGACGCGAGAAGUACGCCAGCAAGGCUGAGACGUGGAAGAAAGUCCAGGGGUUUGAGUAUAAUUUUCUAAAUGACGACCAAGCCAACGACUUCGUCCACGAAAACUUUGCCUCCCGCCCCGCCAUCAUCAAGUUCUGGGACGGACUGGGCGUGCCAGUGCUAAAAGCAGAUUUCCUACGGUAUCUCCUAAUGCUGGCUGCGGGCGGAGUCUACAGCGACAUUGACACGUCGAUGCUCGUCCAUCCGGACCGCUGGAUCCCCAUCGACCUGGGUGCCAACACGGUCAACGCGAUCAUCGGUAUCGAGUACGAUGACCACACGUACCCGAUGUUCGUGCGCCCUAUCGGUUUAUGUCAAUGGACAUUGAUGUCGAAACCGGGCCAUCCGAUUUUCGAACUCGCUGUCCAGCGCGUCAUCAGUAAUCUCGAGUAUAUCGCCCGGCGGAAGCGGGUCGAACUGCCUCAGCUGACGCUCGACAAGAUGGAAGUCCUGGAAGCCACGGGACCAGGCAUGAUUACUGAUGUGGUCAUGCAUGUCCUUAAUGAGCAAGGGCAGAAUGUCACUUGGGACACGUUUCACGAUCAAAAGGAACCGAAACUUUAUGGCGAUGUACUAAUCUUGCCUAUUAAUGGGUUUGCGGGCAGUCAGAAACAUAGUCAUGCUGGGGACCCGGCUUAUGGCGAGAAAUAUGUCCAGCAUCAUUUCGGGAGGAGUUGGUAUAAUCCGGACAAUGCGGGUACUGAUGCCGAUAAGGCCGCUGCGGCGGCUGAGGAGCAGAAGAAGAAGGAGAAGGAGAAAGAGGAGCAGGAGCGGAAGGAGAAGGAGAAGCAGAAAGAAAUGGAAAAGGAAAAGCAGAAGGAGAAAGAGAAAACCGCUUAA